UUUCAGAAACAGUGAGAGGCAUCACCAGGUUUCCCUAAUAGCACCAAAACUGUUAGACAUGCUUUGCCAACAAUCACAGAAAUCUUUGACAUUUCCCCUCAUUCACAUUGCAAGUCUCAAGAUCAUCAAUGCAGUCUGGCAAACUUACAGGAGGAUUCCUCGGUCCUGACCAAGUAGAGGAACCAAGUGGGUUCUUCAUUCCUCCAGGCAUCGAGGAGAAUGUGUGCUCUGUCCUUGACAACAGGAACACUGUAGCUUGGCGAGGGGAAGUGAAUAAAAGCAACUUCAAGGAUGACUUCAACCCAACACAUUUUAUUAUGAAUCCCAACAGCGAAAUGUCUAGCGUCGCAAAGAAAGGAGGAAAAUGUGGAAAGACAGUUAAGAAAGAGUUCAUUCCUUUGCCAUAGCAACCAGAACCACACAGUGUCAUAAUCAUGAAAAGCUGCUCCACAUAAGAAUAAAUUGAGGAAAAAUGUCAGAUGUUUGGGAAGAGUGUAUGGACCAUGGAGUGGCUGCUGCUAGAAAAGCUGGAGAAGUGGUUCGAGAAGCUUUAAAAAAUGAAGGCUGUAUGUCCGUAAUGCUGAAAAGUUCUCCAGCUGAUCUGGUAACAGAGACUGAUCAGAAGGUGGAGUCGAUGAUUAUAUCUUCAAUCAAAGAGAAAUUUCCAACUCACAGUUUUAUUGGAGAGGAGUCUGUGGCAGCAGGAGAAUCUAGCAUACUAACAGACAACCCCACUUGGAUUAUCGACCCCAUUGAUGGAACAACCAACUUUGUGCACAGAUUUCCAUUUGUAGCCGUGUCUAUUGGCUUUGCUGUCAAGAAAGAGCUAGAAUUUGGAGUUGUUUACAGCUGCAUGGAGGACAAAAUGUACACUGCAAGAAAAGGGAGAGGAGCAUUUUGCAACGGAGUGCAGCUAAAGGUCUCCGGACAAGAAGAUAUAACUAAAUCACUUAUAAUUACUGAACUGGGUUCCAAUCGAAACCCAGAUACUGUGAGAAGGGUUCUUGCAAACAUGGAUCGGCUUUUGUGCGUUCCAGUUCACGGAAUCCGAGCAGUAGGCACAGCCGCAGUUAACAUGUGCCUCGUGGCCACAGGCGGGGCAGAUGCUUAUUACGAAAUUGGGAUCCACUGCUGGGACAUGGCAGCAGCUGCAGUCAUAGUUACAGAAGCGGGAGGCGUUGUAAUGGAUGUAACUGGAGGACCGUUUGAUUUAAUGUCCCGAAGAUUGAUAACAGCAAGCAGCAGAGCCAUUGGAGAAAGAAUAGCGAAAGAGCUUCAGGCCUUUCCAUGUGAAAGAGAUGAUGGAAAGAAAGAAGAUCAAUUAUAGUGGAUUAUUUUAAGGUGUUUAUAUUGUAGGCUAAAAGUGUUUGUUGUAUGUUAUUGUAUAAUGAAAACCAUGCAUAAUGAUGACCAUGCAUUGUUUUUAUUUUGAAAGUUUUACUGCAAAAAUACUUUUUUACUAGAUACAGACAAAAAUAAUAUGUUUUAAUAAAUAAGUAAUUUAAAGGAUUUAAAAAAGAAAGUUUUGUUUGGAGAAACACAGUUUUAAUAAGUUCCUAGACUAGUGUUACAAUUGUAUGUAUUAAACUACUGCUAAUUUUAGAAAAUAUGCAUUCAUUCUGAAAUGACACAAAUUGUAACUCGGCACAAAUUCAAACAGGCAGACCCUUCCCUUUACAUUCCUGUGAAAAUCUGCAAGCCUUCAUUGUAUUUAUUAAAAUGUUUUUAUGUAAACGUGAAAUUAAAUAGGUCAUCAUAAAGUCA